UCAGUGCCGUGAACGUUUUGGGGGGGCGCUGCUGAGGGUGUGGACCUAUCUCACUUUUACUCGGAGACAACCACAGGCUGUAUAGCUAAUAACUUCCUUACAACAGAAUAAGCGUCUCAUAUCAGUGUUUUCCAGUGGUGCUCACCGUUUCUGAUGGGGUCCCAGAUGAGGGACUAAUGCUUGCAGGGACUCACCUGAACUCCUCAGGUCACCUGGUUUAAUAAUAUAAUUUCCUCUACCUGAAAAGAAGAAGAAGAAGAAGAACCCAGCGACCACAAUGGAUGAUAUUUUUACACAAUGUCGGGAAGGAAACGCAGUAGCAGUUCGCUUGUGGCUUGAUAAUACAGAAAAUGACCUCAAUCAAGGAGACGACCAUGGCUUCAGUCCCCUCCACUGGGCGUGUAGGGAAGGACGCUCCAACGUGGUGGACAUGCUCAUCAUGCGAGGAGCGCGCAUCAACGUCAUGAACCGUGGGGACGACACGCCCCUGCACCUGGCUGCCAGUCAUGGGCAUCGAGACAUUGUGGGGAAGCUGAUCCAGUGCAAAGCAGAUACGAAUGCAGCCAACGAACACGGGAACACACCACUGCAUUAUGCCUGCUUCUGGGCACACCACCAAGUGGCUGAUGACCUUGUGAAUAACGGGGCCCUGGUAAGCGUCUGUAACAGAUAUGGAGAAACACCCAUGGAUAAAGCUAAACCCGACCUGCGUGAGCUCCUCAGAGAAAAGGGUGAGAAGAUGGGACAGAGCCUAACUAAAAUACCCUUCAAGGACACAUUCUGGAAAGGCACCACCCGAACUCGACCGCGCAACGGUACUUUAAACAAACUUGCGGGGAUCGACUACAAACAGCUUUCGCUCACCGUUAAAAAAAACGAAAACCAUUCUGGAGAGCUGUGGCAAGGACGUUGGCAAGGCAAUGAAAUCGCCGUCAAGGUGCUAAAAAUCCGGGACUGGACUUCGAGGAAGAGCAGAGACUUUAACGAGGAAUAUCCCAAACUCAGGAUUUUUUCCCACCCAAAUGUCCUACCUAUGUUGGGAGCAUGUCAGUCUCCUCCCGCCCCUCACCCCAUCAUCAUUACACACUGGAUGCCUUAUGGCUCCCUCUACAAUGUGCUCCAUGAAGGCACUAACUUUGUGGUGGACCAGACACAGGCGGUCAAGUUUGCUCUGGACAUUGCAUCUGGAAUGGCCUUCUUACACACACUUGAACCCAUGAUCCCUCGCCAUUAUCUCAACAGCAAAAGCAUCAUGAUCGAUGAAGACUUGACAGCGAGGAUCAGCAUGGCAGAUGUCAAAUUCUCCUUCCAGUGUCCUGGCAGGAUGUACUCGCCUGCGUGGGUAGCCCCUGAGGCCCUGCAGAAGAAGCCAGAAGAGAUAAACCGUCGGUCUGCUGACAUGUGGAGCUUUGCGAUCUUGCUGUGGGAGCUGGUGACCAGAGAAGUUCCAUUUGCUGAUUUGUCCAACAUGGAGAUCGGCAUGAAGAUUGCUUUGGAAGGUUUGAGGCCAACCAUCCCUCCUGGCAUCUCUCCACACAUAUGCAAGCUCAUGAAGAUUUGCAUGAACGAAGACCCGGCUAAAAGGCCCAAAUUUGACAUGAUUGUGCCUAUUUUGGAUAAAAUGCAGGACAAGUGAAAAAUGCUACUCCUCUCCUUGGUCAAAAAAACGUUUCAAAACCUGGAUAAUCAUACCGGAUGUGACUCAGACUCUCGAAAUGGUGUUUUGGUGCUUACCGGUAUUGCCUUAAACUGUCACCGCUACAUUAAUCUCCACUGUAAUCCUCCGCUUCUGAGAUGACUUGAGCAGCUGUCAUUUAUUUUGUAUUUUUCUUUUCUUUUUAUAGUGUGAUUAUAUGAUGUGUUACAGUCUUUGCCUUAUGUGUCUUUGCAGGAGCUUAAUAUUGACUGCUUAUCUUCUAAACUGUAAUCAUGUGGACUGAGACCAGUCUUUGUCACUAAAUGUCCUUUGGAGAUCAGCAUGAUGAUCUGCUGCAUCAGACCGUUGGAUUUAAGGCUUUACUUUAUCUGGAAUGUAAAUCCUGCUCUAUAGCGGUUGGCUUAUUAUUACAAAAAAAAAAAAAAAAACAAAAAAAAAAAACAGAUUAACCCAAAACUUAUUUUUGUGGGAAAAGGUCAAUGUUGUUUGUUUCAGUGACAAGAAACUGUAUGCAAUGAGCGAGCAUGCCAAAUAUCAGAAGUUAGUAUUUAAGUAUGUUAGCUGAUUAAGUGAACUUAAAAGGUCGGGCGUUUCAAUUUUGACAGUUUGAUGCCAUCCUGAAGACAAGUCACCCAUGUUGGGCGUUGUUUUGUGACCGGACCCUGAUGACAAUUCAAAACUCACCAAACAAACCUUUUUGUUUUCUUGGGCCAGCAGCUUUGUGCCAAAACUGUUUGGGAAAGUAAGUUUAAUAAUUGUAUCAUAGGGUUAUUAUUAUUUUUUUUAUCAGUUUCUAACUCAGCUGUUUAUCAUGAGUUUACGCAUUAUUAUAAUCAGGUAAUCUCUUUAUCUAUCCCUCAUUAGUUUAUUUGAAUUAGUCUGCACAGUUGAGCGAAAGGCAGUCAGCCACAAGCCAACAGCUUAAUUCAAGCGUUAUUUUCUUUUUGAAUACAGAAAUAUUUUACUCCUAGAACACCUUUACUUCUUUGUCACGAACACUGCAUAGUAUUUUUUGGGGGGGCCUGUUGUCACUGUUGUAUUUAGAAAUUUAAUACCACUGGGACAUUAAAAUACAGUUUAUUUCUUUCAAAGUGUAAUGACUGAGACCUUAUUUUUAAGUGCCUCUUUCUUUCUCUGAAACUCAUUUUCCCUACUUGUUAUGGGUUGUUGCCUUUACCUGCAUCAUUUCCGUGCCUCUACCUGCUUGCUUGCUUGCUUGUGCCGAAUCUCUGGUUGAAGCCAAAAUAAAGAGCAAGUUGGACAAAUGUAUGUAUUUAUAUAUGAGUAUAUUAAAAAUGAGACGUAUCAAGAA